AGUUCAUCGUUCAUCUCCUUCGUCGGCGACUUCUCGAUUUGCCGGAGCUUGAAGCUGAGCAACCAGUGAAGAUCAAACCCUAAUCCCCAUGGAUUCUCCCACCAACUCACAGAAAACGGUUUCGGACGACGAUGAGAUUGAUUACUCCAUCAAAGCAGAGUUCUAUGACUCGGAUCUCGACGAUAAAGAUGAGCUGUGGAUGGCUAAGAAGAGAGAUGGACGUGCUUCCGAUGCUGUGCUGAGCUGCCCCGCCUGUUUCACCACCGUCUGCUUAGAGUGUCAAAGGCACGAGCAGUAUGUGACACAGUACAGGGCAGUCUUUGUGGUCAACUGCAAAGUUGAUAAAGAUAAAGCUUUGCAACACAGCACGGUUCCGUCAAAGGUUGGGAAACGAAGUAGAGAUUCCGAGGAGAAAGAAACUGAUUCUGCAGACAGCGGAAGAGUGAACUCGGUCGUUUGCUCAACUUGCUCGACAGAGAUCGGAGUCUUUGACAGCGAAGAGAUCUACCAUUUCUUCAACGUCAUCCCAAGCGAGCCUUAGUUACUUCAUGAGUUUCUUGUAAACAAUCUAGGAAUUGGUCAUAAAAUGAUGAUAAACCAAAAGUUUAAUCCAAUGUUACUGUAACGGGGGAAAGUGAGUUUUAUCGAUGAUCGUCUUAUUUUCAGCAAAGGCAGAAGAUAAACAU